GGGCCGGGGCAAGUUCAAAACGACUGAUGGUGUUUAGCUGCAUUUUAUCCUAAAUAAUAAAAUCGCAGAGGUUUUAUAAAACCCUAAAGCGUCCAGCUUCUUCCCCCUCCCGCGAUAACUUCUUGGUUCCUCUGGUUCUUUUACUUCCUCUUCACUCUUCAGGGUGUGUCGGCGGACUCGCUCUCUCGCUCUCGCCCAACUUCCAGAAAGCUUGAGUGUUCAUCUGCGUGUGUUGUAGGUUGUUCCUCGACUGACUGUCUCGCAGUAAUCUGCCAUUGCUCAACUGAACAGGGUUUCUAUCUCGCCAGUUGUCAUCUUUUGGGCCGGCCAUUGAGGGUGCUCAUUCUCAACUCACCAUGUGGGCUCUUCGUCAAGCUUCAAAUCCUGUCAGGAAUCGUGUUUUUAGCAUAGGAGCUUCUCGAGUUUGUUGUGCGAAGUCAGAAAUAGCAAGUACUUAUUUAGAUGACAAGGCAGACAUUUCGGAGCCUUCCCUCUUAUUAUUUGAUAGAUGCUUCUUGUUGAAGAAAUAUUACCAUGCUACACAUGCUUUUCCAAAGUUCUCUGUGUGGAGGCACCAUUUUUCUUCAGAGGCUAGUGCAAAAAGCAGUGGAGAGGAAGAUGGCUUGGAGGAUGGGUUUUCUGAGCUUGAAACAUCAGCUACUGCUGAUGUGGGUCGAGAGAUCACAGAUAAUGGGAAUGAAGAUGAGUUAAUUUCGGAACCUGAAUUUUCUUCUGAUGAUGAAGUUGAAGGUGGAAACUUAGAAUCACGUUCUCAAAACGAACUGGAAUUAUCAGAUACUGAGACAGUUGUAAGUGAGAAAAAACCAGAUAGUAAAAGGGUUCCUUCAGAACUGUUCAAGGCUGUUAUGGCUGCUCCUGGCCUAUCUAUUCAUAAUGCCCUUGAUAAGUGGGUUGAGGAAGGAAAAGAGUUGAGCAGGGCAGAGAUAUCGCUAGCCAUGCUCAAUCUUCGGAAGCGUCGGAUGUAUGGAAGGGCCUUGCAGCUGUAUGAAUGGUUGGAGACAAAUAAGCAGAUUGAUUUUGUUGAGAGAGAUUAUGCUUCUCGUCUUGAUUUGAUUGCGAAGAUUCGAGGUCUGCAGAAGGCAGAGCAGUACAUUGAGAAGAUCCCCCAGUCCUUCAGGGGGGAAGUAAUCUAUAGAACCCUCUUGGCUAAUUGUGUUGCCACCAGCAAUGUGAAAAAAGCAGAGCAAUUGUUCAACAAAAUGAAGGAUCUAGAAUUUCCAAUCACAUCCUUUGCUUGCAACCAGUUGCUUCUCCUCUAUAAGAGGAUUGACAAGAAAAAAAUAGCUGAUGUGCUAUUAUUAAUGGAGAAAGAAAAUGUGAAGCCCUCUCUCUUCACUUACAGGAUCUUAAUAGACACCAAAGGCCAAUCCAAUGACAUAACUGGUAUGGAUCAAAUUGUUGAGACAAUGAAAGAUGAAGGGAUUGAACCUGACAUAAGCACACAAGCCCUCAUAGCCAAACACUAUAUCUCUGGUGGGCUUAAAGAAAAAGCUGAAGCUGUUUUGAAGGAGAUGGAAGGAAGCAACAUAAGAGAGAAUCGUGGGGCUUGCCGCGCCUUACUUCCUCUUUAUGCAGCACUUGGGAAGGCCGAUGACGUGGGAAGACUUUGGAAGGUCUGUGAGGCUAACCCUCGGCUUGAUGAUUGCAUGGCUGCUAUUGAAGCAUGGGGAAAGCUGAAGAAGAUAGAGGAAGCUGAAGCAGUCUUUGACAGGAUGGUGAAAACGUGGAAGAAGCUGGCAUCAAGGCAUUACUCGGCACUCUUGAAAGUUUAUGCCAACCAUAAGAUGCUGACGAAGGGGAAGGAUCUUGUGAAGCGAAUGGCAGAUAGUGGGGCCCGUAUUGGCCCAUUAACUUGGGAUGCACUUGUGAAGCUGUUUGUGGAAGCAGGAGAGGUGGAAAAAGCUGACUCAGUUUUGCAGAAGGCGGCCCAUCAAAAUCAGUUAAGGCCAAUGUUUUGUUCAUUCAUGGCGAUAAUGGACCAGUAUGCAAAGAGGGGUGAUGUCCAUAACUCUGAGAAGAUCUUUCACAGGAUGAGACAGGCUGGGUAUGUAGCUCGGGCCCGUCAGUUCCAGGCUCUAGUCCAGGCGUAUAUAAAUGCCAAGGCUCCUGCUUAUGGAAUGAGGGAAAGGAUGAAGGCAGAUAAUAUAUUCCCUAAUAAAACUUUGGCAAGUCAGCUGGUGCUGGUUGAUGCAUUUAGGAAAACAGCUGUGUCUGAUUUGCUUGAUUGAAGAGUUUGAUAGCUUCCCAGAGACGCUUCUCCUGAUUUAAUUGAGUUGUCCCAGCAAAGAAGCUUAGUGAGAUUAUCUGGAAUUUGUCAAGUUGUCCCAGCACAGAAGCUUAGUGUGACUAUCCAGCGACUGUUAUUUAGAAUUAGCUUCAUGAUUUAUGCAUUGCUAUAAUCAGUAGUGUUUGGAGAUGAAUUAUUUUUCGUUGCUAUUGUUUCUGUUCUUUUUUGCUCUCAGCAUUUCCACCUGUUUGCUUCAGUGGGAUAACACUCGGAUGUAUUAUUCUGGUCAACUUUAUCUAGGUCUUUCUUUCCAACCACACUACCUGAUUGAAAUGCUCCAACCAAAGAUGCGAAAUAUAAAGGCAAAUAGUAUUUUUAGCUGGCAACAAA